AGCAGUGACUGUUUAUCUGCGGUUUCUGUCAGACAAACUCCCAAAUUAGACUCGGGAAUAUCGCAAAAUUAUGAAAUAAAUAUUCUUUAAAAAAUAUGUGAUUAUUUGGAUGGUGUUCUGAAGUUCAUAAAGAUGUGGUUUCCGUGUAUGUUAGUGUGGUGCGUGUUGCAGCUGGGUGCGUGCGAGCGCGUGCUGGUGGUGUUCCCGGUGGCGCGGCGCAGCCACACGCUGCUCGGAGACCACCUCGUCAGCGCCCUGCACAGCGGGGGACAUCAUGUGACAUACAUAACCACGUUCAGCAGAGUGAAGCCGGCCGAGCGCCUGACAGUGAUUGAUAUCGGCGCUGGCGACAACGACGCCGCUGCGGGGUCCCGUUCAUUUCUCCCGGAGUUCCUGUGGAGCUGGCUGCCGCCGCACCAGUUCCUGUGGGAGGGCGCGCGGGCGGCGGAGCGCGCGCUACGUCAGCCCGCCGUGCAGGCCCUGCUGCUCGACCCCGCCACCAGCUUCGACGCGGUCGUGGCAGACUGGUACUACUCCGGCCUGCUGGCUCCCCUGGCGGAGGUGUUCUCGUGCCCGCUGGUGUGGUACAGCGGUGCGGACGCGUCGUGGCUGAGCGUGCGGCUGGUGCACGAGGCGGGCGGCGGCGGCUCCGCGGCGCUGGCGGUGGACCCGCGAGCGCGCGCCGCGCCGCGCCUGCCGCCCAGCGCGCCCGACCGCGCGCACCGCCUCGCCAGGCAGGCGUACCUCUCCGCAUGGAUCUACUACAUGACUCAUUACGUGGAGUCCCCGGUGUACUACGAGGUGUACCAGCUGGCGCUGCAGCGGCGCGGGCUGGCGGUGCCGCCGUACGAGGCGCUCGUGCACAACGGCUCGCUGCUGCUGCUCAACUCGCACCCGCUGCUGGGGCAGGCGCUGCCGCUGCCCAACAACGCCAAGUACAUCGCCGGGCAUCACAUACACGGCAGCGCUGGGACGCUGCCUAAGGGUCUGCAAGAAAUCGUAGACAAGGCUAAGCACGGCGUGAUCUACGUGAACCUGGGCGGGUCUGUGAGCGAGGAGCUGCCGCUGGCGAUGAAGCAGCAGCUGCUGCGCGCCUUCCGCCAGUUGGAGCAGACCGUGGUGUGGCGCUGCCGGGGACAGCUGGACCACGUGCCCGGGAACGUCGUGCUGGCCGAGCGGCUGCCGCACCAGGCCAUGCUCAAGCACCCAAAUACUGUGAUCCUGAUUACUCACGGCGGGUUCCUGCCGUACCUGGAGGCGAUGUACCACAGCGUGCCCAUCAUCGGCAUCCCGCUGGAGGAGGAGCAUCUCCUCACCAUGGACAUCGUCACGUCCCGGGGCCGAGGCGUGCGGGUGGCGCGCUCGGGGACCAUGGGCUACCAGAUCAAGGAUGCUGUCAUAGAAAUCCUGGGGAACUUCAGCUACCGCAGCAACGUGCAGGAGGUGUCGAACAUCCUGCACCAGCAGCUGGUGCCGCCGCAGCAGGAGCUGCUGUACUGGCUGCAGCUGGUGAUGAGCACGGGGGGCGCGCCGCACCUGCGCUCGCCUGCCGUCCACCUCACACUCAUGGAGAGGUUCCACUUGGACGUGAUAGCGCUGCUCGUUAUGCUGUACUGGUUCUUGACGAAAGUGGCUAAACUGGUGAAGGUGUAUUGGGAUGACUGGGGAGCGACCGAACGUGAACAGUAUUGUGAUGACAAGAAGAAUGAGUAAGACGCAAAUUGAGUAGCAGAACAAGCGUUAGCGAAUAAUAGUGAAUCUUUAAAACCGGUAGUAUCUUACUUUUUCUUUUUGUUUCAUAACAUAGUACGUUAAAGCCCACCGACAGCAAAAAGAAUAACAAAUAACGUCUUGAGUUCGUCCUGAAGAGUUUUCAGGUGUCGCUCAAUGUUCGUGAAUUUAUUUUUCUUUGUUUUCCUGUUUACUUUGUUGUCCGUGCCACUGAUAGGGAGUGUAAUAUUUCAGAAGUCUGUCUUACAAACAAAUGGUUUGAAUAAUGAAUUGAAGAACGCUUUUUGCGAUACAGUUAAACUUUUUAUAUUUAAAUAAAUUUUGUUUUGUUUUAGAUAGGUCUAUGGUUAAUAAAUAAUUUGCUAUAUUA